AUGGUAAUUGCCUUGUAUCAGCAAGACUUUCUUUCCGCCGCAGGCUAUGCCUCAGCGUUCGUGUUCAUGGGUACCCGCGAGUGUUCUAUCGUUGCAGACACGGCCGUUCUGGUGCUUACAUGGGUGAAGACUCUCCAGUACCGCAGAGCCGCCACUCGUGCGAACGCACGCACUGCUAUUACAACUGUCCUACUCAAGGACGGUACUGUGUACUUCGCAUCGCUAUUGUUCCUCAACGUCUUCGCUCUUGGGAUAGGGCAGCUGGCCGAUCUAAUGGCGGUGAUGACGACCUGGACUGCUGCCCUCACAUCCGUUCUGACAUCGCGGUUCAUGCUUGAUCUCCGUGAGGCCGCGACCGCGGUGGACACGUCUGCGUCUGACAUUUCGCAGCCGAUCCCGCUCCGUACGAUGACACUCAGAUAUGGACCCAUGAAUAACGAACCGAGUGAGAUCGGCAGCCUUUUUGUUGUUUGA